UGACGAUGGACCGGUUGGCAAACGACUCGACUGUCGGCGGCGGCCAUCGGACGAUGACCGACCAGGCGGACAAGCCCAAGAAACGCAAUGCGUCCAUCGGGUUCGACCACGAAGUCAAGUACGGCCUCAAGGUGACGGUGCGCGAGGCGAACGAAGCGCAGGAGGCCAUGUGUCUCUUCUGCUUGCACUUUGGCCGCCAGCAGGCCGAGGGCCGGACGCGCAAGCCCUUGUCGACGGUCAAAAUGUACCAGCCGCCGUUCCGUCUCGACAACCUCGCCCAACACAACCUCGCCCACCACCGCGAUCGCUGGGCCGAGUACUGCGUGUUGACAUACGAGCAAAAGCGUAGCUACUUCCCAACGACGCAACCUUCGAUGAUGGUCCCGCCGCCGAAGCGCAAGCCGGUGGCAUCACCCACGCUGCGUGAACCGAAGCGUGCAGGUCUGACUGUCGCCGAGUCGCCGUUGCCACCGACGAGCGACGACGUACACAUUGCGAUGGCCGACGAACGUCUCGCGAUGGAGCGAUCCAAGCACGUCAUGGAGGUCGAAAUGCUGCGAAAAUCCGUCGAGCUCAAGAAGAUCGAGGUCAUCAGCGCGACGAUGUUGGCGCGGCAGUCGCUAGCCGAUGCUGGUAUAGCGCGCGACGAGAUCGACCUUGUGUUGCCACUGCCACGGCUCAACGCCACCGUGUAGACAGUACAGUAGGAAUCUAGGCAUCCAGCUAUCCAGGAUACAUGUAAUAGCACCCCCUUUAAUAACGCAGGAUCCUUGCGCAACGCAGGUCGUCGUCUAUGGCCUCCUU